AUGAUAUUUCUUACAACACGGACGCACAAAUUUGUUACUGCGCGUUUUCCCUACAUUAAGGAGGUUAUGGACCCAAACGUGGAAAUUUUUUCGUCGUAUAAAAAGUGAUUUUUCCGUGCACGGGUGAUAGAAUGAUUGAAGGCGAAUACGAAAACGAUGCUGGAACCUCGGGGCAAGGAAAUGCAGCACCAGCUGGAGAAUUUGCGGCCAGCAAGUGGAUCUGUUACUGUUACUAACGGAAGCGGGAUGACUGUAACGGCCACUGGUUCGGCCAACUUGAAGCCGGCAUGUCAGGAGAGUUGCACUCCUGUUCAUAAUGUUCAACUGAUCCCGCAGCUGUCGGUGAAUCUACUUUCCAUUAAUCAAAUAGUCAAAAAAGGAGAUGCUGUCGUCAUCACGUAUGUUGGAUCAAGCAGCGCGAAGGUUUGGCACCAGCGACUGGGACAUCUUCAAAAGUAUUACGAAAUUGGUCAACGGAACGGUGGAUGGAAUCGCGACCAACAACAGAAAUACGGUAGACUGCAAGGUGUGCGCGAUUGGGAAACAUUGUCGGCAUCCCUUUAGUGAAGAAGGCUCACGUGCAAUGAAAAUGCUCGUUGUGGUACACACAGACGUUUGCGGCCCCAUGGAGGUGUAAUCACUUGGCGGAAGCAGGCAUCGUAUUGUAUUCGUGGAAGGUAAAUCUCGGAAGAUGUGAACGUAUUUCCUCAAAAUAAAAUCGGAAGCCAAUGUAUUGAGAACCUUCCAGGAAUUCCAUUGAUGAUCUUUUUCUUCUUUGUUUUAAAGAGGCUUUAAACUUUCAAUUCUAUUCGCCUCUAGACAUCAACGACAAUCGGGACAUGCCGGGAAUGAGCACGUAAAUAAAGGAUUCGAAAACUACUUUAAUAAACACGGCAUUCAACAUCAGAAAACAACAACAUAUAUUCCGGAGCAAAACGGCAUAACAGAGCGCGCAAACCGUUCUAUUAUUGAACGCGCUCGUUGCUUACUGUUCGAGGCAGGGCUGGCGAAGACAUUCUGGACUUAGGCCAUACACACACAUACACACAUCCGAACAAGUCUGGUCUGGAAAGAAGCCUAAUAUGUCCCACCUUCAGAUCUACGGUACGAAAGCGAUGGUUCAAGCACCCAACCAAAGGUGAUAGGAGUGGGAUUCCAAAUCCCGUGAAUGCAUUUUCGGUUGAGAUACGACGACAACACGCUCUACGAUCCACAGUCGUGUAAAAUUUCCAUUGCUCGCGAAGGUACGUCAAGCCCAACGGUUGAGAAGCAACAUCCAGCUUUGAUCCUGCUAGACUUUGAGUUCAUCUCCUCAUCGCUAACCUCGGUCGAGAAGGGCGAAGACAUAGACGGCGAGGAAGAGUCCUCCACGGGUUGCAACAGUGAAGACGAGGAAAUUUUUAAUGACUAUCAAAUUACGAACAAAGGUCUACCGCAUUUACAAAUUUUACCGAGAGCUGAUACGAACGAGAGUGAAUUGGUUGCAUUAGCGCAGCUUGCAUCUUAGGAGAUGUUCAGUGGGUUCGUAAACCGCGAUCGAAAUGGACGCAGUUAGGGAUCCAAUGGCUUGUGGUGAUCUGGUUACAUAUCAAGAGACGGUGUCGCGGGAAGACUUGAUGCGUGAGGAGUAUGAUGCGCUGAAGCCAAACAAUCCGUUGACACUGACUGCCUUUAA